AUGUCGUCCAUUGCACGCCCUCCCGACCCUUGCUUGGUUGCCAUCGUCCUGAUCGCCCGUUCUCGUGCUGGGCCUCGUUUCGUGUUCCAUUACCCUCCCAAGCCCCUCACCGAUAAUCCUUUACGAACCCCAGCGAAACCAAGGCGCUCCUCACGGUCCAGAAGCAGACAAAGUUCGAAGGGCAACGACUCGAGUUCCAGUGACGACAGCCACUCGAGUUCCGACGAAGAUGAAGACGAUUCUCAGAGCCAAACUCACAUUCAAACCAGCCACAUCGCAGGGAGCAACGUAAACACUCGAAGGUCGAGCAAUCUUGGGGUUGAUGAUCUUUCCAACUCAUCCACAACAGGUGGUGAAAGACCAGGGUCCAUUACUUCCUCCAAGUCGCACCUGAAAAAGCGUGGUGCUCACUCCGAUGCUGAGAACGAUUCCGGUGCCGGUUCUGAUAGACAAGAGGAUCGAUCGAGAGGAGCGGAAAGCCCAAAUCGUGUUCCGUUGGAAUCUAUACUAGGACUCCCGGUAGAUGUAUGGGAGAAGCUCUUGAGUCCAUCACGCUCGUGGCAUAAACGACGUUUUGAGCUCGGUAUAAACGACCUUGCUUUCGUUGGAUGGCCAGUUUUUCUUCGUGAGGACGGAAAUUGGGUGAAACAAAAACGGAAGAAGAAGAGGAAGCAGCGCGCAGAAUGGGAGGGAGGGGAGUUUGGACAUAAUGAGACCGCAGAAGACUCACAGGAUGAUGGUGUGGAAAUGAUUGCGGCAUCAACAGAGACGUUGAGUCCGCACUCAACCGUUCCACCCAGACCUCAACUGGCAUCCGCGGGUAGCAACCGGUCGUUAAAUUUGCGCAGCGACUCUGUAGAUCCCGAUGACAAGGAUACGAUGACAAUGUUCAACGUUGUCUUCGUCCUUGACCCUCCACCGCUAGAAUAUUCGAUGCGUGUUCGGGAGGUAUACGACAAUAUCAUCAAGAAAUUUACCAAGGCGUUAAAAUGGGAGCAAUCCCGGACAAACUAUGUCUGGAAUGAAUCCCAACAUAUCCUUCACAUCAAGGAGAAGGCAAAAGAGAAGAGAACCUCACUCAACAACUUGUACUCGGACUUAGUGAACCAGUCGUCUCUUGCAAGAGCGAUUUGCACCCUAUUUACCAGCAUAUCAGCUUCAAAGAUUUCCUCGCUCACGUUAAGCCCGGAUGUGUCACUCUCCCUACAGAUUCCGCCAUUAACCUCUACACCAUAUCUCCCCGGGCAGAACGACCCUGCAUACCCGGGACUUUGGCUUACAACCGCAGAUAGCAUCAGCCCCGUGGAUGAACCCAUGACGGACCCAAACAUCACACCUCAUCAAGUGUUAGCCAAGAACUUCGCCUUACUGUUGCUAGAUAAUGAGGCAAGCAUAAUCAAAGAUGUGGAAGCGGCCGGGGGGACUUUAGCUGCGCCCCUUGUUCACUAUAUCCGCUGCUCUACCCCAACGAAGUCAUUCAUCCAGAUCUCGCAGUCCUCCGGUAUACCCCUACCUACCAUCCAGUUUCUAGCCAGUCACCUGGUCUACUGGAGAAGGGCUCGUGCAAUUCCCCCGCUCCACCAACGGGAUACCUACUUUGUAUCUCCGAACUGUGAUCUCAGCAAAUUGGAAGUCGCGUCGGCCGCUUAUAGACUCGCGUUUCCCACUCUUCCCAGUCUGCCGAAGAUGUUAUCCGCUCUUAGUGGAACACCAAGGCCUUAUGGAAACUUUAUACCAAGUAAGGAUCACAAAGCUACAUAUUUUGCUAUAUUAGCAUGGCUACUCCGCGGCGGCUGGGUCACCCAACUUCGAUCUUUCGCGAGAGUAAAAGUGACCCCCGAAGUGAAAAUGGCCGUUGAGCUGGCCAUUCGUCGAGAGGAGGUAGACAAGUACCUGAGCAGGGGUAGACCUUCGUCGGCCGUAUCAGACAAGGGGAAGUCUGCCGAGGAGGGUGAACUUGAAGGCAGUGAUAUGGACGACGGUUCGUCGUCUUCCUCGUCUUCACUUGCAAGCCACGGCAGCGGGGAUGAAACACCCAUGCCGAAUCGCUACAAAGCGGACACUGGAUUUGAUUUGUCGCAUUCCCUGCUCGACCAGAAGGCUUCGCUGACAACAUCUUCCCUGAUAAUAUUGCCUCACAAAGCCUCUCCCCUGGAAUCCCGGUGGCUGGAUGAGAUUGUAGCACGAUUCCCCGAUCAUACCACGGAUGCCGUUGCCGACGGGGAACAAGGCGGCCCCGAUGCACCAGGUGGCCACUCCGCAGCCCCAGUCCUUACAGGUUCGCUGAAAAGCGCCUGGCCAAUCUUGGUUAAAUACUUCAAUGGCUACGACGCUCUAGAAAAGAUCCCAAUUCGAGAGAAUCUGAAGCGCAAACUGGUAUCGCAGACACUAGUCCGCCUAGGAUUCGUAACUGGGCAAUCGACUAUCGAGUUGGAUACUAGGGAGCAAGUUUUGGUCUCCUUCAGACACUGGUAG